UUCGUGUCCUUCUCAUCUGAAACCCAGUGGAAGAAGCAGAUGGGAUUGAAGAAAAUUAAGAGAUGAACAGGAAAGAAAAAAAGGAGAAAAGAAAAAUGGGCUUUCAAACCCUCUUGUAGAAACUUCUCUCUCUCUCUCUCUCUCUCUCAAAAUCACUUUUUUACUCGGCGACUCGCCUACAAUGGGCUUCCGACGUUUCUUUCUGUCCUUCCUUUUAUUGGCCUUCCGUUUCGAGGAUUCGAUCUCAAGCUCCAGUAGCCUGGCAUGCAAUUCAAAUGACCUUAAAGCAUUGUCGGGUUUCUCCAGUUGCUUAGGAUCAGUGAUUGCUGCGUGGAACAGCGUGGCCUCUCCUGAUUGCUGCAAUUGGACUGGUGUCACUUGUGAUAAUUCCACUGUUUCUGGCAGAAGGGUAGUUGGCUUGGAACUUAAUAGCAAAAGACUCGAGGGGAAGAUCUGUGAAUCCUUGGCAGACCUUGAUCAGUUGAGAUUCCUAAAUCUCUCUCAAAAUUUUCUAAGCGGUUCCCUUCCUGCUGAUUUGUUUAGACUGCAAAAUUUAGAGGUCAUAGACGUAAGCUUUAAUGAUUUUGCUGGGGAAAUUCCAAAGGAUUUGGCAAAUUGUACCUCUCUUCAUCAUCUCUACCUUCGUGGGAAUUAUUUAUCAGGAAGUUUGCCUGAUAGUAUCUUCCAGCUGCAAAAUCUUCGUGAACUGCAUAUUCAGGAUAAUAGGAUUUCCAGGCUGCUGAAGAAUGGAAUUGCCAACCUUUCCAACCUUGAGAAACUGGAUAUUUCCUCUAAUUUGUUUUCUGGAAUUCUUCCGGAUGCUUUUGGGAGCCUUACAAGACUUGAGCAGUUCUCAGCUUCCUCAAAUCAAUUCAUCGGUCGUUUGCCUAUUUCGGUUGUGAACUCGCCAUCACUUCAAAUGCUCAUCUUGAACAACAACUCUAUGAGUGGUCCAAUCAAUCUCAAUUGUUCUGCAAUGAAAAACCUCGUCUCCCUAGAUCUUGGUUCUAAUCUGUUCCACGGUCCAAUUCCUGAUAGUCUAUCCUUCUGCCGUAGAUUGACUGCGCUUAAUCUUGCCCGCAACAAUCUAAAAGGUGAACUUCCCAACAAUUUUAAGAAUCUCGACGCCCUUGCAGUUCUCUCACUCUCAAACAACAGUCUUGAAAAUAUAUCAUCAGCUCUUGAGAUUCUGCAACACUGCACGAACCUAAGUAUGCUAUUCCUUACGAAGAACUUUUAUGAUGAAGAAAUGCCUGAUAGUGGGAAUCUGCAAUUCCAGAACCUCAGGGGUCUAGUUUUUGCCAACUGUAGACUCAGAGGUUCGAUCCCACAAUGGUUGAGGAGUUGCACCAAGUUACAGCUUUUGGAUUUAGCGUGGAAUCAUUUGGGUGGAAGAAUUCCGUCCUGGUUUGGAAAGUUUGAAUCUCUGUUUUACUUGGAUUUGUCAAAUAAUUCUUUCAAUGGCGAGAUACCAAAGAGCUUGACAGAAAUACAGCGCCUCAAAAGCGGGGAUAUCUCAUUAGAAGAGCCUUUCACAAGUUUUCAACUUUUCUACUACACUCGUGCAGCAAGUGGGCAAAGGUUGAGCUAUAAGCAGAUUUCAGGCCUUCGACCAACUUUAGACCUGAGCAAAAACAUGCUCGAGGGACCAAUCUGCCCAUGUUUUGGAGAUCUGCAGAAGCUGCAUGUUUUGAAGCUGAAAGAGAAUAAUCUGUCGGGAAGUAUUCCAGGAAGUUUAUCAGCAAUGACAAACUUGGAGAUUUUGGAUUUGUCUCAUAAUAAACUGUCAGGAGAAAUACCUCAUUCUCUAUUAAAACUUAGCUUUCUGUCGGCUUUUGACGUAUCAUAUAAUCAGUUGUAUGGGGAAGUCCCAAAAGGAGGUCAGUUCGAUACUUUCCCAGAUAGAAGCUUUGAAGGAAACAACGGUCUGUGUCGUGCGGUCUGUACUUGUGAAUCUAAAAAAACUCCGACUCAUUCUUCGAGAGAGAAAAAGAUGAAAAUCUUUGGCUGGCAGUUUGGAGUCGGAGCUGCAAGUGGUUUUGUUCUUACUGUCAGCUGUUGCUUCAUGUCCGGAUGGGUGCUUCCGAAGCCGCGAAAGAGAAAGAAGGCAGCAACUAGAAUUGGAAGGUAUGAGGCGUGUUCCAGUUAGGAAAAAUGUCCGAGUUUUCUUCGAUAGUUUGACAGGAUUGCAUGCCUUUGUUCACUUCAUGCGAAAAUAUCAAAUUGUGCAGAAAGAAGGUAAGUAUGACAAAUCAUCGACUUUCAAGAUUGUAGAAGUUAUCUAAAAGACCUGGAGGAAAAGGAAAGGAACAGGCUUUAUGUUCUUACUUA